CUUACCUUUGCUAGCUACAUCAUCAUCAUCACCUGCUGACGGGGAAGUGCAUAAAUUACAUUGUUGAAAAAUCUGUCUAUUAAUUUUUAUUUGAUAUAAAUACUUGCUGGUAUAUAUUAUUCAAAAUGUCUGUGUCAGCCGUGUUCUUUUUGGAUAUGAAAGGAAAGGUGCUAAUUUCCCGAAACUACCGAGGUGAUGUGGACAUGGGCUGUAUUGACAAGUUCUUACCCCUCAUUUUGGACAUGGAGGAUGAAGGCCAGUUAAUGCCUAUUAUCCAACAUGGAGAAAAUACAUUUAUGUACAUCAAACAUUACAAUGUCUACUUGGUUGCAACAACAAGAAAAAAUGCAAAUGUUGCUCUUGUAUUCACAGUCCUUCACAAAAUUGUUGAGGUAUUUGUUGAGUACUUUAGAGAAUUAGAAGAAGAAAGCAUACGAGAUAACUUUGUAUUAGUUUAUGAACUCCUAGAUGAACUCAUUGACUUUGGCUAUCCUCAAACAACAGAUGGAAAAAUACUACAAGAGUUCAUCACACAAGAAGGUCACAAGCUGGAAGCAGCACCAAAGCCCCCAGCUGCUGUAACUAAUGCUGUGUCAUGGAGAAAUGAGGGUGUGAAAUAUAGAAAGAACGAAGUAUUCUUAGAUGUUGUUGAAUCUGUUAAUCUGUUGGUGAGUGCAACUGGGAACGUGAUGCGCAGUGAGAUUGUUGGAGCCGUUAAGAUGCGCGUUUUUCUUAGUGGCAUGCCAGAGCUUCGUCUUGGCCUUAAUGACAAAGUCCUCUUUGAAGCUACUGGUCGAGGAAAGACAAAAUCUGUAGAACUAGAAGAUGUCAAGUUCCAUCAAUGUGUUAGGUUGUCAAGGUUUGAAAACGACCGUACAAUUUCAUUCAUACCGCCAGAUGGGGAAUUCGAACUUAUGUCAUACAGACUCAAUACACAUGUAAAGCCUUUGAUUUGGAUUGAAUCUGUGAUUGAACGACACUCGCAUUCUCGUGUUGAGUACAUGAUCAAAGCAAAGUCUCAAUUCAAACGGCGUUCAACAGCCAACAAUGUUGAGAUCAUCAUUCCAGUACCAAGUGAUGCGGAUUCACCGAAGUUUAAGACUUCAGUUGGUUAUGCCAAAUAUGUUCCGGAAAAUGAUGCCAUUGUUUGGAAUAUCAAGUCAUUUGCUGGUGGUAAAGAGUACUUAAUGAGGGCGCAUUUUAACCUGCCAAGUGUAGAAUCGGAGAGCAUCGAAGGACGACCACCAAUCAAUGUUAAAUUUGAGAUUCCAUACUUUACGACGUCUGGUAUUCAGGUGCGAUACCUGAAAAUUAUUGAGAAGAGCGGAUACCAGGCAUUACCAUGGGUGCGGUACAUAACACAAAAUGGAGACUACCAAGUGCGCGUCCAAUAAUCAUCUUGGAAGCUAGUUUUUAAAGCCAGUUGGAUCAUUGUAAAUCUUACAAUUAAUCAAGCUUAAAUAUAUAACUGACAUUUUAAAUUAUUGAUUGGUCAUAAAAUAAACCAAAACCAUUCAAACUUUUAAUGCAACUCAGCCGUUUGCUACAGGUCAAUGUUUUACAUCAUUUUUUUUAUUUCUAUUAUAUUUGUAUCCAACUGGAAAUUUAAAAUCCAAAUAUAAAGGUCAUAAGUAAUUGUUCAUCUUGUAUCAAAAACGUGUUAUUGAAAUCAAUGUUAGUAUAAAAAUUCUUAAUCUUUCAAUUUAAAUUUUGUUUAUUAUAGGUUUUGAAGGUAUGAUUGCAAAGGUAUAUACAUGUUAUAUAUCUGACAAAUAUUAAAGAAAAAAUACAGUACAUUAUCUACAUCUUUUAUUCUGAAAUCACUCUUAACUUGUACUUUUUUUCACAAACACAUAACCCUCCCCCUGAUAGUUGGUAUCUACAAACUAACAUAUUUUUAAUGGUUGAAGAACCAGAAUUUCUAUUACAAAUCUCAAAGUGACAAUCUUCAGAUAAAUAAGAAGGAUCCUUUUAAAGGAAUACAGUACUUUGAAAUUAAUUAAAUUAAUUAUCUAAUUUAUCAUUAUUCCCUUGCAUUUUGAAACAGGAAACCCAUAAAUUUUUUCCUUAGUAAAUGCAAUGAUAGGUAAUAUCUGUUCAAAGGCAUUAAAGUAAAUAAAUUAUCAACAUAA